UAAAUUUGUCAGAGAUGGGACCCAAAGGAGCAUGAAAAAAGUGCAAAAAGAAGUGAAACAAACUUUUAAACUAAGCUAAGGGUAUAUUCGUCAUUAAAUCCUUAUAUACAUACACAGACACACAGGCAAUUACACAGAGAGUAAGCUUGAAGAGAAAACAAAGAGCAAGAAGAAGAACAAUAGUUCCACAGAGAGAGACUUAACGCCGUUAAAGUUAGCCGUUAACAUAUGUAACUAUGGCUUCUGACCAGGAAAUAGCAAGAGGUGUAGAGAGUUUGCUCCGUCAAUUAGAGCCAAACGCCGUUACAUCAUUAAACGGCGUCGUACAGCAACUUGGAGCAAAACUUGGUGAAGAUCUUUCACAUAAGACGGAGUUUAUUAGUGAACAAAUUAACCUUCUCCGAUCACAAAAUCCACUUCAUCAUCAUCAUUAUCAUCAUCAACCUUUGAUGGUUAAAGACCAUUUUGCCCUUCUGAAUCACUCACAAUUUGCUAACAAUCAUGCUCAGCAGCAGUUUUAUUCCCAUUUUGCCCUUCAACAACAACAACACCAGCAGCAACAGCAGCUCUACUUUCAGCAGCAGCAGCAGCAGUACAGGCAGAUGCAAGUGCAGCAGCAACAAGCUCCGGCUCCGCCGCUGCCGACCGCGGUAGUGAGAACAACUGCUCACGCUGCUGCUCAGCAUGUGUCGUCAAAUGUCGUUUCUGCCCCUAAGGAAAGUGCUACUUCCGGAACAAAAAGGAGAGGUGGACCAGGUGGUCUAAACAAAGUCUGUGGCGUUUCGCCGGAACUUCAAGCCAUUGUUGGUCAGCCCGCAAUGCCCAGGACAGAGAUUGUGAAGCAGCUGUGGGUGUACAUCAGGAAACACAACUUACAGGAUCCUGGUAACAAACGAAAGAUUAUCUGCAAUGAUGCUCUGCGAGCAGUCUUCGAAACAGACUGCACUGAUAUGUUCAAGAUGAAUAAGCUGCUGGCUAAACAUAUCACCGCACUCGAUCCUUCAAAACAAGCUGAACAUGCUAAAAGGUUGAAAGUUGAAGCUGAUACGGUGGCUGCUAAGGUUGAACAACCUGGUUCUUCUACCAUUACGAUAUCUGAUGAGCUCGCCAAAUUUUUUGGAAGUGAAGAAAAGGAGAUGCUUCAAACGGAGGUCAUAAAACGUAUUUGGGAGUAUAUAAAGCUUAACCAACUUGAGGAUCCUGUGAAUUCUAUGUCGAUCGUGUGUGAUGCAAAGCUUCAGGAACUGCUUCAAUGUGAAAGCGUUUCUGCUGCAGAAUUACCUGAGAUGCUGGCACGUCGUCAUUUUGUCUAGCAAUGACUAUACAUCUAUAUAAUUAUGGUAUUUCAGGUCAUACCUUUCUAGUUGUUGUUCAAUGACACGCUAAUGCUUCCGAAGAUGUAUCUUGUUGUUUAGGUAAGUUUAGUUUGUUAACGUAGUUAGACAUCAUGGUAUGUAAUUAGAAAUCUGGAUUGAUCUUCUCUGGGCUUAUCGCGGAAAGAUGUUUUUGUAAUUAUACCACGGCCUCGAUCUAGGUUCACUUAGCCUCCUAUGUUCUUGUAAAAUCCUGGCAUUCUUAACAUUAACAGAUCCUUAGUUUGUUCAAACGCGUUGGAAUUAACAUGUACAUGUCAGGUCUCUACAAUAGACGUUGGAGAGUAUAUUUCUCUUUCGACUUUGAUAUGAAAUUUCUGUCACUUAUUGCUUUCUUGUUC